UGUGGGAUGCGGUGCUCAAUACAGUAGCCUAUUGUGUGCCCUUCCAUCGACAGGAGGUAGUGCAUAAGGCCAGCUCCAGGUCUGCAAGCUACCCCAGCUCGUAUGGUCGGACGAGGGGAGGGACACAGCAGCCUGGGAUGUUGUAUAGAGCUGCACGACAAGAACAAAUUCGGUUUUAAAUUUGGAACAGCAGCAGCAGCAGGGGCGGGCGGAGACAGGGUGAACGGAGUGACCGGGCCGCUAGCUCGUCCUUCCACCACCACUAAGGCGUGAUGGUGUUCGUGCGGAUGUACCAACGUGUCUCGCAGAGCUAUGAGGUGGCGCUGGGACAGUACCAGGAUCGUGUGGCGGCCGGCUUACAACCCUCUACGCGGGUGGUGAACCUGUACAGCGUGGGCACCGAGGAGGGUCUGCUCGUGUGCGCCAAUUUCUUAUAUCUGGGGCUGGUGGUCCUGCUCUAUCUCCGCAUGUUGAGAAGGAAAGAGCCUGUGCGUCUGCGCGCGCUCAUGCUCGGCUAUAACACCCUAAACGUCUGCAUCUCGCUCUUCGUGGCGUGCAGCCUCCUGUUCUUCAAGGUAAGCUCGAGGGGUUUCAACGGCGGGGGAGGGGACGGGUCCGUCGUGUCCCCAGGGGGGGCAGGGGGAGUCAGCGGUUUCGUGUGCAACCCCCUCCGCACCGACCUUCAGGGGCAGAUGGUGGCGAGGGUGUUCGCGGUGUUCUACCUGCAGAAGUACCUGGAGCUGGUGGACACCUUCCUGUUCCUGCUCAGGAGAUCCUUUAGACAGGUGACCUUCUUCCAUCUGUUUCACCACUGCUCCAUCACCGUCAUCGUCGGUUCCAUCCUUCCCUUCGACUUCAACGGCGACAUGUACCUGCCGAUCAUGCUCAACAGCACCGUGCACGUGUUGGUGUAUCUGCACUACGUCUUGAGCGCGCUCGGCAAGCAAUCGUGGUGGGGCAGACACUUGACGAAGCUGCAGCUGACACAGUUCGCGGUGAUUCUCGUGCAGUCCGCGACGGCGUUCUAUCGAGGACCAGACUGCGGGUCCCCCGAUUUCGUCAAGGUGGUACUUCUUCUGUACAUGAUAUCAUUGCUCGGGCUCUUCGCCCUGUUCUUCGUGAAGCGGUCGUUGCUGGGUCCCGCCGAGGACCCGGGCAUGUGCGGCGUAAUCAAGUCGCUCGAGGCCGACAGCAGCGGCGGGAUUGGGGGCACCGCAGGCAAGACGGGGGGGGUAGUAGCGGCACCGGCGGCGGCGGCGGCGGCGGCGGCGGCGGCGGCGGCGGCGGCGGGAUCGUGGCACGGGAAUGUUUUGCUGGACGAGGUCGGGGCGGCAGAGAUAUGGCUCCCGCCUGGGUUCCCUGCAGAGACUCUCGCCGGAUCGACGACAUACAGCUACCAGCUCACCCCAGUCGGAGCGCCGAUGCCCGGGCUGUUCGUUUCGGAAGAGAUCGCGACAGCGACGAGCCGAGGCAGCAAGCCAAUCAGCAGGCUGCGGGGGCAUAAUAAUGACGCCGAUUCUUGCAUCUCCUUCUCGGUGAAGGGAGGGAAGCCGGGGUUCACCGUGUCUUGGGCGGUCGCUGCGGUGGGGGCUCCGUGCGGUGGGGGGGGAGGGACAGGGGGGAAGCAGCCUCUCUCCCCGGGCCACAAGAGUAGCGAAUGA